CCUCACAGUUAGUUAAGUAACGCGAUUCGGUACGACUGGAUCCGCUUGUAUGUCAUCGUGAAACACGUGACGUUCUGGGUAAAGAUGGUUUACAGAGCAUGUUGCGUAUUUGGGCACGUUCUGAGCGAGGAAUUGUUUUGCGACUUGAGUCUUGCUGAGUGAUAAGGUGUCUUAACCGAGUUCCAGCGCCAGCGUAGCUUUACAGUGUUGCAAGUGUCUAGCUAGGUGAAGGAAGCCAGUAAGAAUGAAGUAGGCUAUAUAAAGACGACUGUAGCACGAAUACUGCCUAGCAUUUCGUUGCAGUGCGUAGAGGGGAACAGUUGGGUAGGAGUAAAAACUAUUGAUCAAGAUUGAAAAAGAAACAACAAAAAAACAAGAUGAAGCAAAAGCUAUUGCUUGCAUUGUUCCUGGUAGCAGCAUUCUCCACAGCAACUGCGUCUCCAAGGCGCACCCGGAUGGCCAAACGAGAAACUCCAACACCAGAAGCUCAAAAUGUGACCGUAGUUGAUCAGGACACUGCACCACCAUCAACCGGAUUAUCCGAUCAACCAGUAGAGACAGCACCCGGAAAGGAAAGUGAUCCUGAAUUGCCAAAAGAUGUGGAAAAGAAAGAAGAGGCUGAAGCUGACCCAGUCGUAAGCAAUUCUGAGGAACCUGUGAUAGUGGACACUGCUGUGACUGAUGUUGAGGAAGAGGCAACGGGAAUUCAGUCAGCAGAUGAGGGUACUGUAUCAGUACCGCAGCAGGAUGAAGUUGAGCUCGCGGAACCGGAGACUCAGCCUAAAGAAUCGCAAUCAACCGAUAAGAAAGAUUCAAAAUCAUUUUUGAGCCUGUUCCUAAAUGGAUUGGGACACAUUAAAAGCUCAAUUCAUGACCUUCAAACACGCAUCGAAACGUUCUUCAUCUCGUCUGAUGCUGUGGAAGCAUUAGCUGAGGUGUCAAAACGCUAGCGUGUGUGAUCUGCUGCUGGAUCGCUACAGGUUGUCUGGCUGACUAAAGCUACACAACAAACAACUUCUCAGUCAUUAGCUGUAAGAAGGAUAAUUUUAAGCGGUAUGUUAGCCAGUUUUUGUUGCAUACUGUGUCUCGAAAGUCCGUACAAUAAAGUAAGAAAGGUAUAGACUUCGGUUUUGUAACAUAAAUGGAUUAUUGGAUUGAAUGUAACGUUAUAAUGGUCUGUAGAACUGUUUGACUUAAAUGAGUAGUGAGUAAAGAGGUAUGUGAUGCAAAACGA